GCGAUAAGUCGUCAGCUUUUGUUUGAGUUAAGCUAAUACUAUAGUCGGUACACUAAAUUUAAACAUCGGUUGUUACUAACGGUUCUUUAAAAGUAAUGGCGCUUCUGUUAAAUCUAACAGUCUGUCGACUAUACGGUGACAUUGGUCAUGUAAACGAGUUGGAAACGUUCCUAUGGCGGGGAUAUGCUUGGAGUGACCGCGAUACCGAGGGCGAACAAGCGCAGCAAUGUAGCGUACGCAAAAAGAUUUCAGGUUUAAUUGCCUCUGACCCUCAUCGCUUCCAGCGAGGAUCAGGUGACUGUGAUUGUGGAAACCAAGUACAAUCGUGCAGCACCUAUAUUGAUGCUCCAGGUGGCGUUAUUUUUGAGCUGGAAGAAAUCGUCUGGGGAGGUCAAGCUUGCUGUGGCGGCCAGGAUGGGCAACUAUGCAGCACUGAUAGGAAUUAUCCUGACUUUACGUUGAAAGGCUUCCAGCGGAGACAUGCUCGGUGGCGAUGUUUUAUUACUGUUUCGCUUUGGUUAAUCGAUGACGCAAAUUCAUUCCGUCAAGUCAUCGACCAAGUUCUUUGUAGCACUAACUUUGAGUCGGAGCAACCAUACCGCAUCCACAUGAAACACCCUGAUAGUGAUGCUUUCAAGGCAGAACCACUAAUCUGGCGAAGUCAUACACGCUGCGGUUGUGAUGAGAAAGUCAAGAUCAGGCGAACGCGCUGCAGACAAAUUUCAGGCAAAUGUUUUCUCCACCAAGAACAAAAUGAACGCGAAUACCAAUUUGAUUAUGCACAGCUGUACUGCAAUUUCAAACAGCUUCCGAUUUACUUGGGACCGGAAAUAUUCUGGCGACGACUUGCUUUUGUUAAAGACGAGACGGCACAACGAAGCGUCCAUUUGAAGGUUCCAGGUGUUCAGGAACAUUUCCUUCAGCGAGGCCAAGUUACAUGCGUAUGUGAGAAGCAGUUACAAUCAUACCACACGUAUAUUGAAGCUUUUGAUUAUGAGCCGGAAACCAAUUUCUGGCAAGGAACCUCAGCUUGUUGUGGAUGCGGCGAUGCUGAGAGCCAAAUAUGCAGCUAUCAUAAAAAGAUUCCAGGGGACGCUGCGUUUGAAUACAAUAAUCUUCAUCGAAGGCAGUGGAACAGUAAAGAUCAACACUUACUUGAAGCGAAGGAACGGUUUACUGAUGACAUGCUGACACAAACACAAAUUGAGAUUACUUCAAGGUCGAAAAGUGGAGCAUAUACCCGUGACGUAGGUGAAAGAAAGGAUGACGACAUGCAAUUUUGCCACAGCCUGGGAUUAUAUGAUCGAUGCCGUUCCGACAGGGAUACCCAUAAUGCAACCUUUCAGAUGGAAAGUUUCCAACUAGGACGAGCUCGAGGUGGUGGUGGAAAGAAAAAUGAAAUUACAGAAAACAAGUCCGAAGCAGAAGCCACGAAGAUGAAACAUAACUACACCUGGAGUAAGCAGAGUUAUGAAAAAUUGGAGUUUACAAUCAAGUUUUCGGGAGAAGAAUGGAAAAAGUAUGUGUCCCAUGAUUCCCGCGGUAUGCCGUAUUUUUUGCCGUACGAUUACACGAGCGUGGUUGUAAAUGAGUGGAACAAAUUGAACCACAUUUGCAACAUUAUCAAUGUAAAACGAGCAAAGUUUCUCCGCAGGAAUAGUAGUCUGGAGAUUUCUGCCUACUGCGUGGAAGGAACGACUAUUCCGUGUAAACUAUAUAAGCUAAUUCAUGCAGUGCACAACAAAGAGUUGAAUCACAUUGAUGGAUCAAAGUCAUUUGAGGUGUGGGAAUCUCGCAACCUGAGACUGCAUGCGGAACCAUCCCAUAAAACAAACCAGCUACGUGGCCCCAACCGAAUCCAAGCCAGACAAGAAAGCGUCUUGAAUGGACCUCUAGAAUAUGCUGACAAAAUUAUCAUAUCUACUGAAACAGAAAAAGUUCUUGUUGAGAAACCAAAUUGGCCUAUUCCGAUGUCGUCUAUAUAUAAUUUACGCCGAGAAGCAAGAGCAAUAGAUUAUCUGCAUAGCAAGGUGAUGGAGUCUCUGCAUAGUAUGUGGUUAGCUGAGCAGACGCUACCAAAAGCUUUGAGGAAAGGAAAGGCAGAAUUUCGUUUCCUGCAGAGCGUUUCGGCCUGUCCAUUACAACAAAGCAUCCUUGCGUUUGUUUUGCGCUAUAAAAAACACACGUUCGAUGUGGAUGUUGUCGAGAACAUUAUCGAAGAUGUCUUCGAGCAAUUCAAAGAGUAUGAUAAGCAAGAACUUCAGCAUGAUACAACGGUACCAGUUUCGGAACACAAAAAAAUAAAAUUAGAACACAACAUGACUGUAGCACAACAGUGUAGUAAUAGAAGUAAGAGCACAACACCAGUUGUUCCUAGAAAGGAUCCUUCGUCAAUGUCCAUCACAAUGAUCGAUAUUGAAAAAAGUGUAUCAAAGUGGAAACGAGGUGCAAAACCGGAAACACCACCGAGUACGCCGAGUCUUCCGCGAAAAAAGAUCGCAAAGCAGCCGCAGCUGCUGCAGGUGCAAUCGGAGCGGAAGGAGAAGUGGCCGCCCGUGUUUGUGAAGAUCGCGAUUUCGUCCGUAAAUUGCCAGCACCGUUAA